CUUGGAUCAGAAUCACAUACAAAAACAUCACUUACUCACCACUCCCACCAUGUCUUGAUUCUUGACUCAUCCAUCUGCAGGUGUGAUCAAGACACGUUUCACUCUUCUGCUUCGUUCUUUUACUUUCCUGCCCCCAACCAUCUGCUAUGAUAUAGCUGGUCUUGCAACGGAAUACUUCCAAUCCUUCUCGGAAUUGGCCAUAGCUCGCUACCUUGGUGAUAACUAUCCUGGACCAUAACAACAACAACACAACCUCCGGUUCAGGACUCUGGUAGAUCCCCGGACAUCAUUCUGGUCUUGUCUCGAUGAAUCGGCCGAGCAUUGAUGCUUCAUUUGCCGAUAAAAAGGUUUAAUUGUCAUUCCCUUUAAAGCACUGUACGUAACAUCGAGUCACAGUGCUGUUGGCAUCUUGUCAUCAUCACUGCCUAAUCUUCGUUCAUCAUGUUCAUGUUCCGCAAACCAGGCGAAGAUACAUCCAGUGACGAUGAUUCGGACAAUCAGCAUCAAGAGACGACAGAAGAAGAUGAUAGCACCAGCGCUUCCAGGGACCUAGAUACCCUCUCGAGGAUCAACACCCUUGGGUCCACGGCUUCAGAAGUGCAAACACCCUCGGCUGACCGACCCCGGCCAUUGAGGAACAGUAGUAGCAAGGCUUACAUCCAGAACCUGCUGCUACACUCACUGCUCGAAGAGAAAACUUUGGAAGACGCAGCCAAGCAUUUAGGCAAGACUGAUCUCAAGGAUCCCCAGGUACAAGCACUCGCCGCAGCUGCAUUCCAGUCGAUAUCUCGUCAGCUUUCUGGUUCCGAUGGCGAGAAAUAUUCUGCUGAUGACAUGAGGAUCCAUCGCGCUGCUGCUCAGGAGCACCUCAGGGCUGCAACGCAAAAUCACUUCACGACUCUCGAAACCCAUGAGUCUGACAAUGGUCCAUCCCGGGCGUUGGUAUCCAGAAAUCAGUCUUUCAACAUUCUACCAAGCCUUGACUCUAUUUUGGGGGGUCUUCCGAACCCUGUUCCUGUACCACUGCCCUACCCUGAUCUUGGCCUCAGGACCGACAGGUACAUAGAAGAAUUCUUGGAACUCGGGGUAGUUGGUAAAGGUGGAUACGGCAAAGUGUUCAAAGUGAAGCAUAAGCUUGACAAUUCACUCUAUGCGGUGAAGAGGAUCAUGGUGAGUCCCGCCCGGCUACAGAAGAUCCAAGAAAAUGGGCCCCGGGAAAUGGACUCGAUGCUUGAGGAAGUGCGUGCACUUGCCGGAUUCGAUCACCAUAACAUCGUUCGUUAUUAUAACUGUUGGCUAGAGUUCUCAACAACACCAACAGAUGUUCCCGUACCGCCUGGCCCCUUUGUAAGAGAGGGUAGACUGCUUGAGGACGCAUCGUUCGAUGAUGAGAUGGACGGCGCACACGCCCAGCUUGACAGUCUGUCAAUUGGAGAUCCAUUCCAGCGUUCGGAUCCUGGAGCGGGAGCAGACAUUGUGUUCGAGUACAGUGAUACUGGAGGUGGUGGUGAUGAUGCACAGUCCGAUUCUUACAGCAACGCACUGAAUGGUAGUUCCAGAAAUGUCAGUGGCAGGAACCGCCGAGCUAGUCAGGCUAGUCAAAUGACAGUAGCAACCAUAUCCUCGACCCGGUCACAAAUGAGUGCCAUCCCCAGUGUCGAGGAUGAAGAUGAAGAAGUCGAGAUCAUCCCAAGGUCACAUUCGCCUCAUGAUCAAGCGAGCACCUCUGAUCUUUCCCAGAGUCUACUUUCGCAUAGCGAUGUACCAAACCAUUUAGUAUCUACCAGGCCAUCUGGUCCGGUGUUGACUCUCAACGUCCAAAUGAGUCUCUACGAUACUAAUCUUGCAGAUUUCCUGUCUGUCGAGCCGUCGCCUCACCAAACCAACCAUCUACGUCAUUGCUUCCACCCCUGCAUCUCCCUCCAACUCCUCUCUAGCAUAAUCGCGGGAGUAGAAUAUUUGCAUGACAACAAAGUCGUCCAUCGAGAUCUGAAGCCAGCAAAUGUUUUCCUAGCACUUUCCACAUCUCGCAACCCCCCAGUCGGAUCAAUCGAUCUCUCUAGUUGCGGACCGUGUGUAGGCCGCGACUGCAUACAUGUGACUCCACGCAUCGGCGACUUCGGCCUCGUCGCCGCGCUGGGCGAGAACUGCAUGACCUCGAACGCCACCGCAAAGCCCGUCGGAACGCAGUUCUACAGGCCGGAAGCCAGCUGCAAGAUCAGCGAGAAGCUCGACGUCUUCGCGCUGGGCGUCGUGGGCUUCGAGAUGCUCCAGCACUUCUCCACGCGCAUGGAGCGCUACGACGCCCUCACGCGUCUCCGAAGAGGCGAGCUCCCGCCCGACUUCGCGGACAGACUCAGCGUCAGCAGCGAUGCGGCCACCGCGGAGCGAGUCCAGAAUCUCCUUUCGCACAUGCUGAACGUGGAUGAGGAGAAGCGGUGGGGAUGCGAGGCUGUGCAGUGCGAAAUGCGCGACAUCCUCCACGCUGCGCACAAAUGAAUAAUGAAUCAAUCCUGUGUAAGAUAUACGAAACCAGAUGAAAUGGGCUGAGAUGGGCUGGGAAGAUAAUAUCCCAAUGCGAAUUUUCCACACCGUUUGUCAUCGCUCCAACGCUCUCACGUAAUUACCCACCAUCCCCAGAGAGAGCCAAAGGAGAGCGAACCUUGUGAGCCCAUUGUGGCGGAACGGUAGCAAAGGAAGUAGCUACCUCGAAAUAACCAAUAGAUAAACCCGCGAAAAAAACAAUAUACCCCUCUUUUCUCCUUCUUCUUCUUCUCCCCAUUCCAUGACUUUGUGAGAACUGAUUAUCGUGACAUAUAUACUGCACAUCCUAAAC